AUGGCGGACCACGAACACAUGGCCAUCAAGCACAGCGACCACAUCCUCCUCGACCAGCCCCUCCUCCGCCUCCCCUACGAACUUCUCCGAAAUAACUUCCGCUCAGCCCACUUCGCCGUCGAAAAAGAGAGCACGGGAAUCAAGACGUCUCUCAAGGAUGCCACGACGGGGUGUUUCAACGGCAAGUCGAGCCAGGACGAUCUGGUCCGGAACCUGGACGAUAUGAUCGCCCAGGCCAAGGCCCUGAAGCGGAAGCUAGCCGCCUGCGCCGAGGAGGAGAACAGGUUGCUGAACCAGGAGCGGGCGAGGAUCACGCAUGUUGAGGACCUUUAUUCAAUUAAUUCGUUCGACGAUGUCAAGUAUGAGAGCUGGAGCCGGACGAGGCUGGAUAGGCUGAUGGUGGAUUUUAUGCUGAGGAGUGGGUGUGGAAAUAGUGCUGCUGCUUUGGCGGAGGAGAGGGGAAUACAGGAGCUUGCGGACGUCGAGACGUUGGUUUCUAUGAACAGGAUACGUGAGAGCUUGAAGAAAGGUAGUGUGCAGGAAGCUCUGGUGUGGUGCUCGCAGAACAAGAAGGAGCUGCGAAAGAUGGAUGGCCGACUCGAGUUCGAUCUACGUUUCCAGCAGUUCGUCGAAAUGAUCCGGUCAGGAAGCGACCCGCGGGCCUGUCUCGCACACAUCAAGAAAUACCUAAUCCCCCACAACGCCCUCUUCCCCAACGAAGUCAGAGCUGCCUGCGGCAUGCUCGCCUUCCCCUACGACCCGAACAGUAACAGCACCCACGGCUACGAUGCUUACUUUCAACCCUCCCGGUGGGACAUGCUCGCCAACCUCUUUACCGAAACCCACAACACCCUCCUCAGCUUACCCUCCGUCCCCUUGCUCAACGUGGCGCUAUCGUCGGGUCUCUCGGCCCUGAAGACCCCGGCCUGCCAUGCGGCUGCGCGGGAAGCUGCCCCAGGAUCGAAGGAGAUCAGCCAUGGCGCGACCGUCUCGCCGUCUGGGCAGCAGACCGUCUGCCCGAUCUGCUCGCCUGAACUUAAGGACUUGGCGAUGAAUGUACCGUACGCGCACCAUACGAAGAGUAUUGUCGAGCAUGACCUGGUGGUCUUGCCGAAUGGCAGGGUCUACGGGAGGGAGAAGUUGGAGCAGCAUGCGAAGAAGUUUGGCAUGCCUGCUGACCAGGUGAAGGACUUGCAGACGGGAGAGGUUUACGAGGUUGAUAAGCUGAAGAAGGUGUAUAUUACCUAA